AUGGAGAGCCAAUUAGCUCAAAUUGCACAACAAGUUGGAAGUUCAUCCUCCAAUCCUAGUGGUCACUUUCCAAGCUCAACGGUAGUGAACUCAAAGGAGCAAGCUAAGGCUAUUACUUUGAGAUCAGGAAGAGUUGAAGUUGAAAGAAAAGAGCAACAAAAGAGUGAUGAGGGAGCCACAAAGAAAUAUGAGGGAGAUGAAGAAAGAAUAGAAAAGCCCCCUAUGAGAGUAUAUAAGCCCCCCAUUCUGUUUUCUCAUAGAAUUGUAGAGAAAAAGUUGAAUGAGAAGUUUUCAAAAUUUCUUGAAGUCCUGAGAGGACUUCAAGUGAACAUCCCUUUUCUUCAUGCUAUGUCACAAAUGCCUACCUAUGCAAAAUUUUUGAAGGAUCUUCUAUCCAAAAAGAGUAGGCUUGAAGAGAGUGCAACCAUCUCCCUUCCUAAGGAGGUGAGUGCAAUCAUUCAAAACAAGCUUCCCCAAAAGCUUGGUGACCCCCGUAGCUCUGCGAUACCGGUGAAGAUUGGAGAUUUGGAAGCUAUGGAUGCUUUAUGUGAUCUUGGGGCAAGUGUGAUCUUGAUGCCCUACUCUAUUACAAAGAGCUUGAAGGUUGGUGACUUGAAACCAACAAGAAUGUCCUUACAAUUAGCCGACCGCACAGUUAGGCUACCAUUGGGGAUUCUUGAAAAUGUGCCGAUUCAAGUUGGAAGAGUAUUUGUGCCAUGUGAUUUUGUGGUAAUGGAAAUGGAAGAAGAUACAAGAGUACCCCUCAUUUUGGGGAGACCAUUUUUGAACACCGCAGGAGUGGUGAUUGAUAUGAAGGAAGGAAGAUUGACUUUGAAUGUGGGAGAUGAGAAAAUUUCAUUUUCAUUCUCACAAACUUUGAAGAAGCCAUUGAUUGAUGAAUUUCAUAAAAUUGACACAUUGGAGAGGGACUUAGAAGAGUUCCGAGAAAGAUUGUAUGAAAGAGAUCCCUUACAAGGUACCCUAAUGGGAAGCUUAGUUGAGGAGGGUGAAGAAACAAAGGGGUAUGAUCUCUUACUCAACCAACCUUUGGCCCACGAGGUGAUGAAAUUUGAAGUACUUAACGUGGAGGCAAAAGAGGAGAGGACUACGCCUCCUCCUAAGGUUGAACUUAAACCCCUUCCCCCUCUACUUAAAUAUGCUUUUCUUGAUGAUAGUGAGAGUUAUCCCGUUAUUGUCAAUGCUAAGCUCGAUGACACCUCUCUUGAGAAACUCCUAGUUGUUUUAAGGGAGUAUAGAGAUGUCAUUGGGUACAAAAUUGAUGACAUUAAGGGGAUAAGUCCCACCAUAUGCAUGCAUAAAAUUCUACUUAAUGAUGAUCAUGCUUCCUCGAUUGAGCACCAAAGAAGGCUCAAUCCCAAUAUGAAGGAAGUGGUGAAAAAAGAAGUUUUAAAACUUCUUGAGGCGGGCAUAAUCUACCUUAUCUCCGAUAGAAAGUGGGUUAGCCCGGUUCAAGUUGUGACUAAAAAGGGAGGCAUGACCAUCAUCAAAAAUGAUAAUGGUGAGACCAUUUCUACGAGGUUGAAGGAGGCCUUGAUUUUGGCUACUAUCAUUCAACCCCCUAAUUGGGAGCUUCCUUUCGACCUUAUGUGUGAUGCUUUGGAUUUUUCCGUUGGGUCCGUUCAUGGACAAAGGAAGGACAAGAAGCUCCAUGCUAUCUAUUAUACUAGCAAAACAUUGGAUGAGGCACAAAGAAAUUACACAACCACGGAAAAGGAUUCAUGCAAUUGA